UUCAACAGAUGAAAUUUAUUAAAUCAAGUUUGUGCUGCUUAAUUUAAAAAAAUUGUCACAAGAGGAAUAGUGAUUAAUCACAUAUAUAUUCGUUCCUAAACUCUUAUUAAAUCUGGGAGUUCAUGGACAAAUGAAAAUUUGUAAUAUAAAAGAAAAACUGGGAUGUUUUUAUUUAAAAGCGGAAAAUAAGUACAAAUUCGUCCACGAAAAUAAGCGGUUAUUGAUUGAUUACUAAAAUUUCAUAUCAGUUACAAUUUUCCAAAAUAAGUUAAAAUGGCGCAACCGCUACCGAUACGUUUUCAAGAACAUUUGCAACUUACAAAUGUUGGGAUCAAUGCAAACUCAUUUUCAUUCAGCACUCUUACGAUGGAAUCGGAUAAGUUUAUAUGUGUUCGGGAGAAAGUAAACGAUACUGCCCAAGUGGUUAUAAUCGAUAUGAAUGAUGCUACUAAUCCUACUCGUCGACCUAUAUCAGCGGACUCUGCAAUUAUGAAUCCGGCCAGCAAGGUCAUUGCCCUUAAAGCGCAAAAAACCUUGCAGAUUUUUAAUAUUGAAAUGAAAUCAAAAAUGAAGGCGCAUACAAUGAGUGAAGAUGUGGUUUUUUGGAAAUGGAUAUCACUAAAUACUUUAGCGCUUGUAACGGAAACGAGUGUAUUUCAUUGGUCAAUGGAAGGUGACUCAAUGCCUCAAAAAAUGUUUGACAGACAUUCUUCUCUUAAUGGAUGCCAAAUAAUUAAUUACCGAUGCAACUCUACGCAACAAUGGCUUCUUCUGGUAGGCAUAUCAGCGUUGCCCAGCCGAGUUGCGGGUGCUAUGCAGUUAUAUUCAGUAGAACGCAAGGUUUCACAAGCUAUUGAAGGUCACGCUGCUAGUUUUGCCACUUUUAAAAUUGAUGGUAAUAAAGAGCCAACAACGUUGUUUUGUUUUGCUGUACGUACUGCUACUGGCGGCAAGCUUCAUAUUAUCGAAGUAGGAACGCCGCCGAAUGGUAAUCAGGCUUUUCCUAAAAAAGCUGUAGAUGUUUUCUUUCCACCAGAAGCUCAAAAUGAUUUCCCAGUGGCUAUGCAAGUUUCGGUCAAGUAUGAUACAAUAUAUUUAAUAACAAAAUACGGCUAUAUUCAUCUUUACGACAUGGAAACAGCUACAUGUAUUUAUAUGAAUCGAAUAUCUGCUGACACUAUUUUUGUAACUGCACCGCACGAAUCCAGCGGAGGUAUUAUAGGCGUCAAUCGUAAAGGACAAGUGUUAUCUGUUACUGUGGAUGAGGAACAGAUAAUUCCGUACAUUAAUACUGUCUUGCAAAAUCCUGAUUUAGCGUUACGCAUGGCUGUUCGUAAUAACUUGGCCGGCGCCGAAGAACUUUUUGUACGCAAGUUUAAUAAGCUAUUUACAGCAGGUCAAUAUGCUGAAGCUGCAAAAGUAGCUGCGCUAGCACCCAAAGCCAUUUUGCGUACUCCACAGACCAUUCAACGGUUUCAGCAAGUUCAAACCCCAGCAGGAUCGACAACACCUCCAUUGCUCCAAUAUUUCGGAAUUCUUUUGGACCAGGGAAAGUUAAAUAAGUUUGAAUCUCUGGAGCUGUGCCGUCCAGUUCUAUUGCAAGGAAAGAAACAAUUGUGCGAAAAGUGGCUGAAAGAAGAAAAAUUAGAGUGCAGCGAGGAGCUAGGUGAUCUCGUAAAGGCCUCCGAUCUGACUCUUGCUCUUUCCAUAUACUUGCGGGCAAAUGUUCCCAACAAGGUCAUUCAAUGUUUUGCUGAAACUGGGCAGUUCCAAAAAAUUGUACUUUACGCUAAAAAAGUAAACUUCACACCUGAUUAUGUUUAUCUUUUGCGAUCAGUAAUGCGAAGCAGUCCUGAACAAGGUGCUGGCUUUGCCACUAUGCUUGUGGCAGAAGAAGAGCCUUUGGCGGAUAUCAGCCAAAUUGUGGAUAUAUUUAUGGAGCAUUCUAUGGUGCAGCAGUGUACAGCCUUUCUUUUAGAUGCUCUUAAGCAUAAUCGAGCUUCAGAAGGUGCUCUUCAGACGCGUUUACUUGAAAUGAAUCUUAUGUCUGCGCCCCAAGUGGCUGAUGCUAUUCUAGGUAACGCCAUGUUUACCCAUUACGAUCGUGCCCAUAUUGCUCAGUUGUGUGAGAAAGCAGGAUUACUGCAACGUGCUCUUGAGCAUUAUACAGAUCUUUAUGAUAUUAAAAGAGCCGUUGUUCAUACUCACAUGCUUAAUGCUGAAUGGUUGGUAAGUUUCUUUGGCACUUUAUCUGUAGAGGAUUCCAUAGAAUGUCUUAAAGCGAUGCUUACAGCCAAUUUACGUCAAAACCUCCAAAUUUGCGUACAGAUUGCUACCAAAUACCAUGAACAGCUUACUACAAAAGCUCUUAUUGAUCUUUUUGAAAGCUUUAAAAGCUACGACGGCUUAUUUUACUUUCUAAGCAGCAUUGUGAAUUUUUCACAAGAUCCUGAGGUUCACUUUAAAUAUAUACAGGCUGCAUGCAAAACCAAUCAAAUUAAGGAAGUUGAGCGUAUUUGUCGUGAAUCAAAUUGCUAUAAUCCAGAACGAGUAAAAAAUUUCCUAAAAGAAGCAAAACUUACUGAUCAACUUCCCUUAAUUAUUGUUUGCGAUCGAUUUGACUUUGUUCACGAUUUGGUUCUUUACCUGUACCGUAAUAAUCUUCAAAAAUAUAUUGAAAUUUAUGUGCAAAAAGUUAACCCUUCUCGUUUACCAGUUGUAGUGGGUGGACUCCUUGAUGUUGAUUGCAGCGAAGAUAUAAUAAAAAAUCUUAUUUUAGUUGUCAAGGGACAAUUUUCCACCGAUGAACUAGUGGAAGAAGUUGAAAAACGCAAUCGCCUAAAACUUCUUUUGACCUGGCUAGAAUCACGUGUUCAUGAAGGUUGCGUUGAGGCUGCCACACACAACGCAUUGGCCAAGAUUUACAUUGAUUCAAACAACAAUCCAGAGCGAUUUCUUAAGGAAAAUCAAUACUACGACAGUCGAGUGGUGGGACGAUAUUGCGAGAAGCGUGAUCCCCACUUGGCUUGUGUCGCGUAUGAAAGGGGUCAUUGUGACCGCGAAUUGAUAGCAGUUUGUAACGAAAAUUCACUUUUUAAAAGUGAAGCCAGGUAUUUAGUUGGCCGACGAGAUGCAGAACUGUGGGCAGAAGUGCUUUCCGAAUCUAAUCCUUAUAAGCGUCCAUUAAUUGAUCAAGUUGUUCAGACUGCUUUGUCUGAAACUCAAGACCCCGAUGAUAUAUCGGUGACAGUCAAAGCAUUUAUGACUGCUGAUUUACCUAAUGAACUUAUUGAACUUCUUGAAAAGAUUAUCUUGGACUCAUCAGUGUUUAGCGACCAUCGUAAUCUACAAAAUUUGCUUAUUCUUACAGCCAUCAAAGCAGAUCGGACACGUGUCAUGGAUUACAUCAAUCGUUUGGACAACUACGACGCCCCAGACAUUGCAAAUAUUGCAAUAAGUAACCAAUUGUACGAAGAAGCUUUUGCUAUUUUUAAGAAGUUUGACGUAAACACUUCCGCUAUUCAGGUACUCAUUGAUCAAGUGAACAACUUGGAGAGGGCUAACGAAUUUGCUGAACGUUGUAACGAAGCAGCAGUGUGGUCCCAGUUGGCUAAAGCUCAGCUUCAGCAAGGGUUGGUAAAAGAGUCAAUCGAUUCAUAUAUUAAAGCUGAUGAUCCGAGUGCAUAUGUCGAUGUAGUUGAUGUAGCCAGUAAAGUAGAAUCAUGGGACGACCUUGUUCGUUAUUUACAAAUGGCUCGCAAAAAAGCACGUGAAUCUUAUAUUGAAAGUGAAUUAAUAUAUGCGUAUGCGCGGACAGGAAGGCUAGCCGAUCUCGAGGAGUUUAUAUCAGGCCCUAAUCAUGCAGACAUUCAAAAAAUUGGUGACCGUUGUUUUAGUGAUGGAAUGUAUGAUGCUGCAAAACUGCUUUAUAAUAACGUCAGCAACUUUGCCCGAUUAGCAAUAACGCUGGUAUAUCUUAAGGAAUUUCAAGGAGCCGUUGACUCUGCGCGAAAAGCAAACUCUACUCGGACCUGGAAGGAAGUAUGUUUUGCAUGCGUAAAUGCAGAAGAAUUUCGACUAGCUCAAAUGUGUGGGUUACACAUUGUGGUUCAUGCAGAUGAACUUGAGGAUUUAAUAAAUUAUUAUCAGAAUCGAGGAUAUUUUGAUGAAUUAAUAGCGUUACUCGAAUCUGCCCUGGGUUUAGAGCGUGCACACAUGGGAAUGUUCACAGAGCUUGCUAUAUUGUAUUCAAAGUUCAAACCCUCAAAAAUGAGAGAACAUCUGGAACUUUUUUGGUCUCGUGUAAAUAUACCAAAAGUUCUUAGGGCUGCAGAAUCGGCUCAUUUGUGGUCUGAAUUGGUUUUUCUUUAUGAUAAAUACGAAGAGUAUGACAAUGCUGUUUUAGCUAUGAUGGCUCAUCCCACUGAAGCGUGGCGUGAAGGACAUUUUAAAGACAUUAUAACAAAAGUGGCAAACAUUGAAUUAUAUUACAAAGCCAUUGAAUUUUAUCUUGAAUUUAAACCAUUAUUAUUGAAUGAUAUCCUUCUUGUACUAGCACCCAGAAUGGAUCAUACCCGUGCUGUUAGUUACUUUUCAAAAACUGGAUAUCUUCCGCUUGUCAAGCCUUAUUUACGCUCUGUUCAAUCUCUUAAUAAUAAGGCAAUUAACGAAGCUCUUAAUGCGCUUUUAAUUGACGAGGAGGAUUACCAAGGGUUACGUAAUUCAAUUGAUGGCUUUGACAAUUUUGAUAAUAUUGCGCUAGCUCAAAAACUUGAAAAGCACGAACUAACUGAAUUUAGACGAAUAGCUGCAUACUUGUACAAGGGAAACAACCGAUGGAAACAAAGUGUUGAACUUUGUAAAAAGGAUAAACUCUACAAGGACGCAAUGGAGUACGCAUCUGAGUCUGGCAAACAAGAAAUAGCUGAAGAGUUGUUGGGCUGGUUUUUGGAACGUGAUGCCCAUGAUUGUUUCGCAGCCUGUCUUUAUCAGUGUUACGAAUUGCUACGCCCUGAUAUCAUUUUGGAGUUGGCUUGGAAACAUAAAAUAUUAGACUUUGCUAUGCCCUAUCUUAUACAGGUUUUGCGAGAAUACACCAUAAAGGUUGAUAAAUUGGAGCUAUGCGAAGCACAACGAGAGAAGGAUAAUGAUACUACGGAACAAAAAAAUAUUAUACAAAUGGAACCACAACUUAUGAUUACUGCAGGUCCAGCCAUUGGUAUAUCAUCGCAAUACCCUCAGAACUAUCCAUCAGGUGCUACGCCAAUAUCAGCAGCAGGCGUUACUGGACGAAACUUGGGUUAUCCAUAUUUGUAAAAAAUUAUUAACAUCAAGAAUAUUUAUCAGCAUUAAUAAAUGUUACUUUUUACUAAAAUAA